GGCGAGUGACGCGCCCCGGCUCGGCUACAAAAGAGGAGCGCUGCGGCAGGCUGGGCGGAACGUUCCAGAACGCCCGGUGAGAGGCGGAGGGACGGUGGCGGCCGCGCUCGCAGUGCUACGCGUCUUCCCACACCACUCGGUGCAGCCCGGUCACCGGCUGUAGAAAAUGGUGAAAGAAACCACUUACUAUGAUGUUUUGGGGGUCAAACCCAAUGCCACCCAGGAAGAAUUGAAAAAGGCAUACAGGAAACUGGCCUUGAAGUACCACCCUGAUAAGAAUCCAAAUGAAGGGGAAAAGUUUAAACAGAUUUCUCAAGCUUACGAAGUUCUCUCUGAUUCCAAGAAAAGAGAGUUAUAUGACAAAGGAGGAGAGCAGGCUAUUAAAGAGGGCGGAGCAGGAGGUGGUUUUGGCUCCCCCAUGGACAUCUUCGAUAUGUUCUUCGGAGGAGGAGGAAGGAUGCAGAGAGAGAGGAGAGGUAAAAAUGUUGUACAUCAGCUCUCAGUAACCUUGGAAGACUUAUAUAAUGGUGCAACAAGAAAACUGGCUCUGCAGAAGAAUGUGAUUUGUGACAAAUGUGAAGGGCGGGGUGGUAAGAAAGGAGCAGUGGAGUGCUGUCCCAACUGCCGAGGUACUGGUAUGCAAAUAAGGAUUCAUCAGAUAGGACCAGGAAUGGUGCAGCAAAUUCAGUCUGUAUGCAUGGAGUGUCAGGGUCAUGGAGAACGGAUCAGUCCUAAAGACAGAUGUAAAAGCUGCAAUGGAAGAAAGAUUGUUCGAGAGAAAAAGAUUUUAGAAGUUCAUAUUGACAAAGGCAUGAAAGAUGGCCAGAAGAUAACAUUCCAUGGUGAAGGAGACCAAGAACCAGGACUGGAGCCAGGAGAUAUUAUCAUUGUGUUAGAUCAGAAGGACCAUGCUGUUUUCACUCGACGAGGAGAGGACCUUUUCAUGUGUAUGGACAUACAGCUGGUUGAAGCAUUGUGUGGCUUCCAAAAGCCAAUAUCCACUCUGGACAACCGAACCAUAGUCAUCACUUCUCACCCAGGUCAGAUUGUCAAGCAUGGAGAUAUCAAAUGUGUGCUGAAUGAAGGUAUGCCAAUAUAUCGUCGACCAUAUGAAAAAGGACGUCUAAUCAUUGAGUUUAAGGUAAACUUUCCUGAAAAUGGCUUUCUCUCUCCUGAUAAACUCUCUUUACUGGAAAAACUCCUUCCUGAGAGGAAGGAAGUAGAAGAGACUGAUGAAAUGGAUCAGGUAGAACUAGUGGACUUCGAUCCAAAUCAGGAAAGGCGACGCCAUUAUAAUGGAGAAGCCUAUGAGGACGAUGAACAUCACCCCAGAGGUGGUGUUCAGUGUCAAACCUCUUAGUGGGGCCAGUGAGUUAACACGACUGGCAUUGUUCAUGCAGCAGUGAAUGAGUGGAAGGACUGUAAUAAUAUGCUCACUACUUGGCUAUUAUUUUCGUUUUAAUAUUCAAAUAUAGUAGUGUUUUAAAAGUUAAAUGAAGAAUAAACACAAAUAUAAAA